AUCACGCACGCUACGUAUCACCGUAACACGCACCUCUCACGUUAAAAUGGCCGCCAUGACCUCCACCUUCCUCGGCUCCGCCGUCGCCGUCAAGGCGCCCGUCGUCGUGUCUUCCAAGAAGGCCGUCGCCCCCGUCGCGUCCCUCGACGGCCUCAAGAAGGCUGCCGUCGUCGGCGUCUCCACGGUCCUCCUCGCGUCCCCCGCGUUCGCGGCGACCAUCAAGCUCGGCGGCGACAACGGCGAGCUCGGCUUCUUCCCGAACAAGAUCUCCGUCGCGAAGGGCGAGACCGUCGAGUUCGUGAACAACAAGGCGUUCCCCCACAACGUCGUCUUCGACGAGGACAACGUCCCCGCCGGCGUCAACGCGGAUGCCAUCUCCCACGAGGACUACCUCAACGGCCCGGGCGAGAAGGUCACCAACAAGUUCGACGUCGCGGGCACGUACGGGUACUACUGCGAGCCCCACCAGGGCGCCGGCAUGCAGGGCACGAUCGUCGUCUCUUAAAUUCGACACUGACGGACCCCGUGUUGUACCGCGCGUCGAGACUGACGACGAAACUCGAGAAGGUUCGGCGGCGAGGCACACCCCAAUCAAGUUCGCGGCGUGACUGACGACUCGCCUUUUUGCUUCGCCGUCGCGAGAUCACAGUAUGCGAUAAAUAGUUUGGGCGUUGAAACGAACGUCCCGGACGGUAAAAACACAAAAAUAAAACGAAUCUCGAAC